GGCGUUAGUAAAGCGGCUGGCGCGUUUCGGACCCGCUGGCGUGGACCUCGAACAGUUGCGGGCACUCACCAGAGCCCUGCUGCCUGGAUCCGGAUCCGGAUCUGGACCCGGGCUUGGACUAAGCGUCGGCUGUUCUGCUCCCUCCACGGACGAGGCGAAGCCGCCGAAAUGGCUUCUGCUGUCCCGCGGCCCCGAGGCCCAGUCGAGCCCGGCAGAGCCAUCCGGCCCUUCUGCCGCGCCGUGGCCGGGCGCCAGAGGCCUGUCGGUCUGCGAGUCGCACAGUCCAGCCAACUCGAUCGGCGGACUCUUGCCGCCAGACCCGCUGCCUCGUUCGAGUCCCGUCGAAGCGCCGUCGGCUCUUUCCCUCGCUUUUCCACUCCUCGGCCUGCCUCUGCUGCCAGGCCCCGUCACGACCGCCCUCCACCCGCCCGGCUCCGUCUCGGGCUCGGUCGCCAACCACUCGACCGGUGCGACGGGACUCGGACCAACCGCCCCAGCCGCCGCGGCCACGGUCAGCUCGCCCAGCAGCCCAGCCUCAGCCGCCCUCGUCGGUACUGCCGGCGGACAGACAAACUCGUUCCUUCACCUGUUUGCCGCGGCAAUGGCCAAAAUGCAGACACAACACAUGCAGCUGCAUCAGCACAACAAUUAUCAACAACAACAACAACAACAACAACAGCAAAAAAGACAGCCUUUCCACCACCAGCCCUACCUGAAUCCGCCUCUUUCCGAUCUCCACCAGCUGUACCAGCGACUCUCCUAUCCUCCGCCGCACUACUCCGCUUACAGUCUCGAACAACACCGUCAACAGCAGCAGCAUCAAAAGCACCAACCUCAGCCUCCCGAACUCCAACAGACUCCGAGCCCUCUCUGCCAUCAACAGAUCCCACUUUGCUCAGCUCUUCGGUCGUCCCAGCCGGACACCAACGCCUCGGUUGGUCGAGCCAAAUGGCCAGGCGUUGCUGUGACUGAGGCCUCCGCGUCCUUGCGUUCCCCGGCACUGGAGGAAGAAGAGCUCGUGGAAGAGGAAGAGGAAGAAGAGCAGGAGCAGGAGGCGCAAGAGGAACCAUGCGCUAAACAGUCGCGCUUGAACUGCACAACGGACACGGAGAUGAACCCGAGUAAGAAGAUUUCAAAGAGCCUCUUGCGGUGGUUUAAAGGGGUUUGA